UUCUAUUCCAGGAAUAGUAUUUCUGAUCAUCUGUUUUCUGUCAAGUUUUUUGAGUAAAAUUUGUUGAUUGUUUUAAACAUAGAAAUUAAAUUUAAUCAUGGCCAGUGUGUUAUCUUCAAGAAUGAUACAAUCAUUGUGGUUUCUUAUAGAUUCACCUAUUAGUUUAAUCAUAACUCAACAUUGACAGGAAUUUGUUUCAUCCAAUUUUCUUGAUCUCAUCUUUUUUUCUUAACACAUGUAAUCAAAUCUUAAUUAUUUUCUAUUUAUUCAACUCUCAUGGAUCUCGUUGAUACAGAUUGUGUUGACUCUGAUUUACAGCGAACCAAAAAUGGCGAAAACAAAAAUGUUGCUUUUGAAAAAAUGGUUAAUUGUGUCGCCGAUAAUUUUCUUGACGAUUUAAGGGAUCGAAAGUAUUAUGCCGACACCUAUAAAUGUUGGCCUCCACCGAUUUUCAUUAUUUCCGUCACCUUGAUUCAGCUUCUUUAUUUCAUUCAUUUUCUAUGUUUUGACUCAGAUGAAAUGACCACAAUGUCUUCAGUGCUUUCAAAUGAUCUAUUUAUCUACCGGCCAGAUAAGCGACAAGAAUUUUGGAGAUUUGCUUUUUACAUGGUUCUUCAUACGGGUUGGACUCAUCUUCUUUUCAAUAUAAUCACCCAACUAUUGAUUGGUUUACCUUUGGAAAUGGUUCAUGGGUCUACUCGAAUAGGAACAAUCUACAUGGCAGGAAUUCUAGCUGGAUCUCUUGGAACUUCCGUAUUCGAUUCUGAUGUCUACCUUGUCGGUGCCUCAGGCGGUGUCUAUGCUUUACUUGCGGCUCACAUUGCGAAUGUGAUUCUUAACAAUAAAGAAAUGAAACUUGGCUUCCUUAGAGUUUGUGGUAUUUUAUUGAUCGCUAGUUUCGACGUUGGUUUCGCUGUUUACGAAAGGUAUUCGGUGAAAGAGGAAUCCGUUCAGACCUCUUAUGUGGCCCAUUUUACCGGAGCUUUAGCUGGAUUAACAAUUGGCUUAAUUGUUCUCAAAAACUUCGAGCAAAAGCUUCAUGAACAAUUCAUCUGGUGGUUGGCACUUACUGGUUAUAUAAUUUGCAUGGCAUUUGCUAUCAUUUACAAUGUUCUACAUUGAAAGUGAUUAUCACAAUUAUUAUAUUUUCUAUGAUAUUUCAAUCUUUUCAAAAGAUUAUCAAUUAAGAAUUGACUUUUCUUAUCAGCCAAAUGAGAGUAAUUAAGAGAUUUACCAAUUGACUAAUGAGGUUUUUCAUUAGCUAUCACAGCUAUAAACUGAUUCAUAAUUAAUUAUAAACAUCGCAAAAAUUAAAUAUUUUCAUAAUCAAAAAUAUUGAUAA